CAUCAGAGAAGAAGAAGAGGAAAAGCAACAUGGCGGCUGAGAAAUCUACGAAAGAAAAACUGUUGUCCGCUCUUAAUGAUAUUGAGGUGUUAUCCAGAGAGCUGAUCGAGAUGCUCGCGCUGUCACGAAGUCAGAAACUCCCUCAGCCUGGAGAGGACACGCAGGUGCUGGAGCUGCUGGUGCAGAGGGACAGAGAGUUCCAGGAGCUGAUGAGGACGGCCACGAGGCAGGGCCGGACACACGAGGAGAUGCAGAAGCUGGAGAAAGAGGUGGAUAAGAGGGACGGUGACAUCCAGCUGCUGCAGAAACAGCUUAAGGAGGCAGAGCACAUCCUGGCCACUGCUGUGUACCAGGCCAAAGAGAAACUCAAAUCCAUCGACAAGGCCAGAAAAGGGAGCAUCUCUUCAGAGGAGAUUAUAAAGUACGCACACAGGAUAAGUGCCAGUAAUGCAGUGUGUGCUCCUCUCAACUGGGUCCCAGGUGACCCACGGAGGCCGUAUCCCACUGACCUUGAGAUGCGUAGUGGAAUGCUGGGUCACAUGUGUAACCUGCCCACCAAUGGUGUGAAUGGCCACCUGCCUGGAGACGCACUGGCUGCUGGGAGAUUACCAGAUGUGCUAACACCUCAGUACCCAUGGCAGUCUGCGGAUGUUGCCAUGGCGAUGCCUCCACCACCUCACCAUGGUAACGACCUCGGCUUGGAGUUGCCGGGGCACAAUAAGGAGAAUGAGGACGACGUAGAGGCCAUGAGCACCGACUCAUCCAGUAGCAGCAGUGAUUCAGACUGAGUGUGUGUGAGCGAGCGAUAAGGUGUGAGUGGCGAAUAGAAAAUCCUCCAAAAGGACUUGAAUGAGAAGUAUUUUAAUUCUCAACCUAUUAAGCCUGUUAUUAACAACUUAAUUUCUUCCACAUUGUUUCGUCCAGACUGUUCACUUUAAUGCCUAUUCACUGCUAGAGACAAAGAGAAUCUGAGGGGUUUUUUUGGGGGGUUUUUUUUGGUACCUUACAAACAUUUUAUCUUUGGAGAUGAAUAUGAAACAGAUCAGUUUGUCUUUGUUUGAAGAAAUUCAGAAUACUCUAAGCUCAUGUGUGGAGAUGCUGCGAACCCUUUAAUGUCACUCAGCAGUUGUGUAAAUAGUCUUGUAAAAUGUUCGGGUUUCGGACCAUGUAAAUAAAGUUACUUUUGUAAAAUGUU